AUGACAAAGAAGUCAUCACAGCCUCGCGUCGAUACAACGCUGAAAGCAACUGAAGGAGCAUCACCACUCAUGGUCGCGCAUCCCGGUUCACCAGUAGAUAUUACGGGACGUCGGCCUUCACUCGUUACAGCUAUGGCAUCAACACAUGUUGACAGCAACGAAAAGGAUUUUUCAUUUGGGUCUUCUAGGUCUCACAGAUCGUCCAAAUCUUGGGGGAACAUAGAACAGGGUGGGAGUAUGAGUAGAGGUAUUGGAGGGGAUGACGCGGCCGCAAAAGUGGGGUCAUGUAUAAAUGAAAAGGAGAAUGUCAAAGGGAAGAUGAUGCAAGUUGCAGGAUUGCCAUUUUACAUACCAGCGAAGGUUCUCGAACGAGAUGAGCCAAGGCAAUCUUCAGAAACGAUCAUGACUGAUACUCAAGUUCAUGCGGACUUUGAUUUUGAGGAAGAUAAUGGUACUUGGAUUUCAGCACAUUCGGAAGCUCAUGCAUCACGGACCAGUCUAGCCACGACGGUUUCAUCAACCAACACAAUUAUGGAUGAUCGAUCUCCCGACGAACCUUCAACGGCCGAUGCAAGCGUCGCAUGUUCUUCGGCCAGUAGCAUUUACUCGAGUUCGGCUGCUAGCAUCAAUUCCUGUACCAGCAGUACCAGUACCGAUAUCUACGGAUGGGAAGAAGAAUUGGAUCGAAAGAGUGGCGAAAGUUGUCCAUCCUGGGACCAUCGAAGUGAACUCGGAGCAGCCAUGAGGCGUCUUCCAAGUGGUGGUCGAACGAUGGGUCCUCGUGCUGAAUAUGCAGCAGGCGUUCAACAUCUUUCGUGUAAACGCGCGGAUGGGAAGAGGAAGAGUUUGUUGUACCGCGUGUUGAAUAUUUCGUCAACCAAGAGACUGGGUGAUGAAAUACCGCCACCGCUACCACCGAUGCCUUCUUCUUAUCCAACCCAAGCUGCUGCGAUGGAAAUGGCUGUAGUCAAUUUUUCUCCUUGA